UCUGUCUGUGUGUGUUCACAAAAAGCUGAAUUUUUUUGGUUUUACAUUAUUUUGAGCUACAAUUUCAGUACAUGAGCACAGAAAUUAGACACUGACAGUGAAAUUCUCUAUGGAUAUUUCAGCAAUGCUAUUGGAAACAACCAGAAACAGAGUUUUACAGGUGGCCAUGUGAAAGCAAACUGCGAGUGAUGCACGCUGUAAGCAGUGUGUGAACAAGAGCCAUCGGUGUGUGUGUGUGUGUGUGCGCUCGCGUGUGUGUCUGGAGAGAGAGAGAGACAUAGACCGAGCCCCAAACACGGAGCAUGCCUCUGCGUCCGGCAGCCGGCAAACAUGAGCCACCCAGCCCUCCACGGCAGGACCAGCAGCAGCAGCAGCACACACACACACACUCACACACACUCACACACUCUUACACACACGCAGCAAACGGCAGCCAGGGGGCCAGCACUGACAGCGGCAGCUCCCGGGAAGAGGACAGCGGCGUUCCCUUUCCUGUCUGUGUUCCGGCUUUCCGUCCCGGUGCAGAGCGGAGCCACAGUGCAAGAGCACCCAUGGAGGAGCCGACAGGCAACACCGUGGUCAUCCGCAUUGGAAUCCCAGACCUACAACAGACGAAAUGUAUGAAAUUCAAUGUGGAUGCUCCUAUCUGGCUGUCCAAGCAGCGGAUCCUGUGUACUCUCAACCAGAGCCUGAAGGAUGUACUCAACUAUGGCCUAUUCCAGCCGGCUUACAACGGCAAAGCUGGCAAGUUUCUGGAUGAAGAGAGACAGCUAAGGGAAUACCCCUUCCCAUCCAUUGCUCCUGUACCUUACCUGGAGUUCCGCUAUAAAAGACGUGUCUACACCCAGACUCAUCUGGAUGAAAAGCAGCUGUCUAAGCUCCACACCAAGGCAAACUUGAAGAAGUUCAUGGAGUAUGUGCAGCAGAGGAACAUUGAAAAGGUCUCAAGGUUUCUGGAAAAAGGCCUGGACCCCAACUUCCACGAUCCAGACACAGGAGAAUGUCCUCUAACACUGGCAGCACAGCUGGAGGGAUGUGCAGAGCUCAUCAAGGUGCUGAAGAGUGGAGGGGCACAUCUGGACUUCAGAACAAAAGAUGGCAUUACUGCCCUACACAAGGCCGUGCGCAGCAAGAACCACACAGCGCUUAUAACACUGUUGGACUUGGGUGCAUCACCUGACUAUAAAGACAGCAGAGGGUUGACUCCUCUCUACCACAGCUCAAUGGUUGGAGGAGACCCCUACUGCUGUGAGCUGCUGCUACAUGAUCAUGCACAGGUUGGCUGUGUGGAUGAAAAUGGCUGGCAGGAGAUACACCAGGCAUGCCGCUAUGGCCACGUGCAACACCUGGAACACCUGCUGUUCUACGGAGCUGACAUGAGUGCCCAGAAUGCAUCUGGAAACACUGCCCUGCAUGUGUGUGCUCUCUACAACCAGGAUAGCUGUGCACGAGUUCUCCUGUUCCGGGGGGCCAAUAAAGAGAUAAAGAACUACAACAGCCAGACCGCCUUUCAGGUGGCUAUUAUAGCAGGAAACUUUGAUCUGGCUGAAAUCAUAAAGGUCCACAAAGUAUCAGAUGUUGUGCCUUUCAGGGAGACCCCCUCCUACACCAACCGUCGACGCACGUUGCCUGGCCCCCUGCCCUCACCACGUUCCUUGCUCCGCUCUGCGAGUGACAACAACCUGAAUGGGGACCACGAUCACAUCCACAGUCAGGCCCCCAGAGAAAUCCGUGGCCGUCAGGGUCACUCGCCUGUUCCCUCACUGCGUAGUCUGCCAGCUCUUGGGCAGCAGCACAGCAGCCUUGGAGAGAGCCGUCAUGGAGAGAUUCCCGACAGCAGUCUCCAGAGCACAGGGAGCUCCAGAUCCUCCCAUUCCCGCUCUCCUUCGCUACAUCACAUGCAUGAAGAAGACAAGCCAGUUCCCAGAAGGUCCCACAGCCAUGGCUACCCUCAUGGGCAUGGUCAUCGUGGAAGACUCAGCCCCGGCUCAGUGCAAAGAGACCCAAGCCCUCCUCAUCACACCCCUCCAGCGCUGACGGGCCCCCGUGGGCCCAAACGCAAACUCUACAGUGCUGUCCCAGGACGUACCUUCAUCGUGGUGAAGCCCUACACGCCACAGGGGGAGGGAGAGAUCCAACUCAACCGUGGAGAGAGAGUCAAAGACUAUGACUGUAAUGACGUAGAAGAGGAGCAUCUUUAUGAUGAGAUUAUGCUGGAGAAGGAUGAGGAUCUGGACUCUGAUGCUGACAUGCCACAUGAUGAAGACAAUGAUGAUUAUUCCAGUGGGAUUAAUGAUGACGAUGAACAUCAAGUGCUGAGUAUAGGGGAAGGAGGUUUCUGGGAAGGCACGGUCAAAGGGAGGACAGGCUGGUUCCCAGCAGACUAUGUGGAAGAAGUUCAGAUGAGGCAGUAUGACCCACGACUAGAAACUCGGGAAGACCGCACAAAGAGACUGUUCAGACACUACACUGUGGGAUCUUACGACAACUUCACCUCAUACAGUGACUAUAUCAUAGAGGAGAAAAAUGCUGUUUUACAGAAGAAAGAAAAUGAGGGGUUUGGCUUUGUCCUGCGGGGAGCCAAAGCUGAGACGCCCAUUGAAGAGUUCACCCCCACCCCAGCAUUCCCUGCCCUUCAAUAUCUGGAGUCUGUGGAUGUGGAGGGAGUGGCCUGGAGGGCUGGUCUGAGGACAGGAGACUUCCUCAUUGAGGUAAAUGGGGUGAAUGUGGUGAAGGUGGGACAUAAGCAAGUGGUGUCCUUGAUCCGGCAAGGGGGCAACAGGCUGCUGAUGAAGGUGGUGUCUGUCGCACGCAAACCUGAGUCUGAGGAGGUCGUUCGCAAGAAAGCUCCCCCGCCACCAAAGAGAGCUCCCAGCACCACCCUGACACUGCGCUCCAAGUCCAUGACCGCUGAGCUGGAAGAACUGGCUUCUGCUCGGAGGAGAAGAGGAGAGAGGCUAGAUGAGAUGUUGGCAUCCCAGGAGUCUAUACUGCGUUCUCAGCCCCCGGAGGCAGAUUACAGAGCAGCCACUGUCAAACAACGGCCCACCAGCAGGAGAAUAACACCAGCAGAGAUCAGUUCACUGUUUGAGAGACAAGGGAUGACUCUACAUGGAGGUCUUCACCCAGGCAUUGAGAGAGGUCACAUACCACUACCAAAGGGGAUGUCCAGGACCAAGUCUUUUGGUGCCACUGAAGAGGACCGGCUGUCUGCCCUAGCAGGAGAGCACAGAUUUCCCCGCAGUUCCUCUAUGACAGACAGCCUCAGAGACCACUCACAGCCUCAUCCAAUCCCUCCACCUCCACAAAUGGCACCUCCUCCUCCUCCCUACUACCUAGACACUGGUCCUCCCCCAGCCUUCUGCCCCCCUCCUCCCCCAUCUAGGACCCAGAGUCAGGGCCAUGAGCCUGGGGGACGCUCCAGCUUCAAGCCCUCCUCCUUGGAUCUGCCUUACGAGGCAGCGCAGCGACAGGCCACACACAUCGAGAGACAGAAGAAAGCUCGCUCCAUGAUCAUCCUCCAGGACUCCUCUCAUCUACCUGUAGAGCCUACAGAAAUUCCCCGUCCUUCUGCUGCUACUCCACCUGAGCGAAUCAAAAGGAAGGGUCGGGUUAUUGAUAACCCUUAUGCUAAUGUGGGUCAAUUUAGCAUUGGACUAUACACACCCACCAAACCCCAGAGGAAGAAAAGUCCCCUGGUCAAACAGCUACAGGUGGAAGAUGCACAAGAAAAAGCUAGUUUAGCCUUAGCUGCUGCCCACUCCCGAGAGAGCUCACCCUCAGGACGACACCCACACACCCAUGGGCACACACACACCAGCCGUGCAGACUACUACCAGCAGCAGCUGAUGGCUGAGCGAGAGCGUAUGCGUGUCCAGGGAGAGAUGAUGCUUCAGGGUAAGGGCCCCUUUGCUGCUGCAAUUGCUGGAGCAGUGAAAGAUCGUGAGCGUCGCCUAGAAGAACGGAGGAAAUCCACUGUCUUCCUGUCUGUUGGGACCAUGGAGGGGGCGUCUACCACGAGCUCUGACGCCCCCUCUCUAACUCAGUCUCACUCCAUCGAUGAACGGAUGCUCACCCGAGAACUGGGACAGCUGCCUCCCCCUGCCUUGGCACUGAGCCCCUCACCUAGUGGGACCACCUUUAUCCAUCCGCUCACAGGAAAGCCCCUGGACCCCAACUCUCCACUGGCUCUUGCGCUGGCCGCAAGGGAGAGGGCACUGACCUCCCAGAGCCAGUCCCCAACUAGCAGCCCAGAGCCUAGGACUAAACAAGAGCGGAUAGGCCAGGGCGUAAUUUUCAUUGACCCUCAGACCAAAGAGUCUCCACAUGGGGAAGGGGCAUCCACAUCUCCUCCUUUCUCGCCUAAAAGCGCCAAGGCAGUGGGGCAUGUAGUUGGAUCCUCCCUGGCAUCAAUUUUAGUUAAUCAGCCCACCAAACAACAGUGGGCCACAUCACCAUCGCCUGUAUCAUUCCGGCAGGAGAUGGAGGCCAGAGUAGAGGAGAGGAAGGAGGAAAAGAGACUAGAAGAUAAAAAAAGUAUGUUGAUCAGUAUUAUGGAUACGUCACAGCAGAAGACAGCAGGGCUAAUCAUGGUCCAUGCUACAAGUAACGGCCAGGCUGUUGGGCUGGGUUCAGAACUAGAACAGGCACCUGCCCCAACAACCACGGAGCCCAGCAAAUCUCCUAGUCCACGGGCUAAAUCCCCUAGUCCCACAGUCUCCCAGCCCCAGGCCCAGCCUCAAACUCAGCGUCCUGCCAGUCCAGCCCAAGAGAAGAGUCUGGCUCAGGGAAGCUCAGAGGAGGAUGUGGAUCCAUACACAGUGACCCUGCCCCCUGCAAUGUUGUCCUCCAGUGAUGAGGAAACAAGGGAGGAGCUACGCAAGAUUGGAGUUGUUCCACCACCAGAUGAGUUUGCUAAUGGGCUUCUUGCACAGACACAGGGGACGCCAGUGUCCCCAACUAAACCUGCCUCCUCUCCCAGCACCCCUACAACACCAACACCCCACACUCUCUCAACCCCAACAACCCCAACUGUGACCCCCACGCAGGCUCAGCCUCCCCAGCCCCCACCUCCACCCAGUGCAGCAGCUGUCUCAGGGAAGCCCUCUGAUCCUCUUGAGCCCCCACCAGUGGGCGAGUCUGGCUCUGCGGCUGACUCAGGCGUGGAGGAGGCUGACACGCGCAGCUCCAGCGAGAGAGAGCGAGACCACCAUCUCGAGACCACCAGCACCGUCUCCACAGUUUCCAGCAUGUCCACAUUGUCCUCAGAAAGCGGCGAGCCUGCCGACACACACACCACGCACACCUCCUAUGCCGACGGGCAGACUUUUGUGCUCGACAAGCCGCCAGUGCCUCCUAAGCCCAGACUCAAGUCCCAGAUAGGAGGCAGUAAAGGCCCUGUCACCUUCAGGGACCCUCUGUUGAAGCAGAGUUCUGACAGCGAGCUGCUAUCACAGCAACAGGCUGCUGCCCUGGCUGCUGCUGCAGCUGGAGGUGUUGGGCUGCCCUCAGGUGGUUCAGCCUCAGUGACUGGACUAGCCCCCACCAAGCCACGCUACCUCUUCCAGCGGAGGUCCAAGCUGUGGGGGGACCCAGUGGAGCCUCGUGGGCCGGGGGUGGGGCUAGGUAUUGGGAGUUUGGGCAAUCUGGGUGGGCUGGGACUGGGGCUGGGUGCAGAUGAGGGAGCAAAACCAUCUGUCAUGGGGGAGCUCAGUUCCCGACUACAGCAGCUAAAUAAAGACACUAGGUCAUUGGGGGAGGAACCACUGGGAGCAUCACUUGACCCUGGGAGGAAGUCACCUGUGGCAGGUGCCAGACUUUUCAGCAGCCUAGGCGAGCUCCACACCAUUUCUCAGAGAAGUUAUGGCACCACAUACACCAUCCGCCCUGGCAGUCGUUACCCCGUCAGCCGACGCACCCCAAGCCCAGGUUCAGGCUCACCUGAUCGGGGCGACCCUCUCGGACGAUUCUCAAGCUUCGGCCUACCGACCUCACCGACUACACCGCCCCAAACCAUCCUCAAAUCUUCUAGCCUCAGCCUACCCCAGGAGCCUAAAGAGGUCCGCUUUGUGAUGAGGAGCUCCAGCGCCCGUUCCCGCUCUCGCUCCCCGUCCCCGUCACCUUCGCAUUCUCCUGGGCUGGGGUCACCACUUUUAGCCCUCCGGCCCUUCCACCAGAAGCCCCUCCACCUCUGGAAUAAGUAUGACGUUGGAGACUGGCUGGAGAGCAUCAACUUGGGGGAGCACAGAGCAGGGUUUCAGGAACAUGAGAUCGAAGGGUCUCACCUCCCAGCUCUAACCAAGGAUGACUUUGCAGAGCUUGGAGUGACACGAGUUGGACACCGCAUGAACAUUGAACGAGCACUAAAACUGCUGCUAGAGAGCUGACCCCUGCCCUUAGACACAGCAACACUUGGAUAGAAAGAUGGGCAAGAUAUUAGAGUUGAUGGAAGAGAAAACAUAAGAACUGCUCCUCUUUUACUCCAGCUGUUCCGCAUCAUAAAUGUUUACCUGCGUCACGUUACGUUCCCGUUCUGCAUUAAUACCCUGCACUUGGCACUGCACUGAAGAGGAGGAUUCAAUACAUUUGUCCCCCUCUACUUGGCCCUUAGUGUCUGCCCACCUCCUUGCCUGCAGCCAAUUGGAGCAGACCUCAAAAUGGGCUCUGGUCUUUCUUUGCCGAGGAGAAUCGCAUGAGCUCCAAUUAAAACAUUUGAUUUGUGAAAGCUUCAGUUGUUCCCUUAGUAACACCCACACUUUCUCACUAUUCCCUCCUCUCCUCUCUACCUCUAUCCCUCCAUCUAUUAGGCCUCUGAAAGCCUUUUGCAGUUUGAGUAAAGGAGGAGGAGGAGGAAGAAUUUUCCUUUUCAAACAGAAAGCUCAGUUGCCUUUCAAAAUAUUUAUACAGAGAUCAACAAUGAUGAACACAGGACUAUGGACAUAGUACUGACACAGCUCUGAAAAGGUGUGUCUUCUCUAAACCUGCUGUUGUUUUUAAACCGAAGACUUCAGAUCCCAGAGGUGGAGCUCCACAAAGUAAACCACAGGAGAAACCCCCUCUGCCUUGGUACCCAGACUGUGCUAUCUAUUAUAUUUGGAGAAUGUUUAACCAACACUCGUGGCUUUUUUCAUAAUCAAUUUUUUGGUUUUCCAAAGGGAAUAUUAUAUAUAUAGGUAUUAUAUAAUGAUAUAUAUGUAUCUAAAUAUAGCUUUCAGAAGAAAAGACAAUGUUGCAAAGAGGAAAUAUAAUAAAUUAAUCUGCGCCUGUUUUUGGUUUUUAGUAUAGAAGGCAGAGAGAAAUCUUUAAAUUUAUUCCACCAAUAGUUUACUCAUUUCUACCAAUUAUAUACAUAUAUACAUAUAUAUAUUUGAAAUAAAAAAAAGUAUAUAGAUAUGGAAAUUAAAUUUUUGUCAUAGCUAUACAACUUUCCUUAUGGUCACCCUUUCUUGAACCGUAGCAUGACAAGUUGCAUUGUGUUGGACAGAGAGUUUGUUGUUUGUUUUUAUUUUCUUACGGUCUUCCUUCAUACUAAAGGGCAUCCCAUAAUGUGAGGCUGAGACCCCAGUUGACACCCAUCCCUACUGCUUCAGCUACAGAUCUCACUGAAGUGGUUCUGACUUUAUCCACAACCUACAGUAAAGACCACUUAAGGAGACAGCUAAUUGGUAAAAGGUGCUCUUUCACCUCAUCUUUUGCCUGUUAAUCACUCAGGGAUGGAAGUUUGGGGCACACACUAGCAUGGAGAGGUAGUUGGCUCUUGUUUCAAUACUAUUUAUUUAAAUUCUUACCAUUGAGGAUAAUUUAACACCACCACAGUCUGAAAAAUGCUAGAGGGCUAGUAAAAUUUCCAUCCCUGUGACCCCCUGAUUUACCUGGAGUAUAAUCAACAAAGACUUGUCAUACAAGGGCUUAAAUGAGCUAGACAUAAAGUAUCUGCCCUUCUGAAAUGCCACUGUGGGUAAUGUGUGCGUAGUUCAUCAGGUUGUGGGGAUGGGAAAGCCUCUGUAAGGUCUUAAAGAAAAUUCAGUAUUUUACAACUUGGCCGUGUCUUGCAACAUCGCUGCUUCCCUGUAUCUUUACUGUUUACUUAGUGAGUAAAGUAUUAUCAUAAACGGAGGCAGCCAGAACUCUUAGAAUAAGACCCAGGUUGUAAAACAAAACAACUGAAUUUUUCUUUAACAAUACAAAAUCUACAAUUGUACUCAUGAGUAGCUUCUGCUGGCAGUGAGAAACAGUGAGUUUUAUUCACGCAACAAAAAGCAUUUUAUCCAUAGCUUUUCUCUAACAGAAGUCCAGGUAAUCUCUAUUACCACUAAAAACCUCCGUACAUCAGCAGAAUCCCGUCAGUACGCCAAGGCACUUUCACUUGGCGAGAAGUGGUGUGCUUCUUCUUUUUUUUCCUCUAUUUUCUUUUUUGCUAACAGUUUGUAAAAGCGGGUGGUGAAUAUAACAUUGUGUCUGGGUUGUAGGAAUAGCACUCACUGCCUCACUGUGACCUCACUGAUUAUUUUAUUUCUGACUCCAGUGUUACAGUAUGUUCUCAGACUCAUUUGGACUUUUUUGUGUUUAUUGUUUUCUAUUCUGUUUUUGUUUUGUUUUUUGUUGCUGAUUUGUUACCCUCGGACACUGUGGGUAGAUUUUGUAGCGUGUGGAACAUUGAAAUCGUUCACUCAUUUGAAUUUUAGAGUGACAGAAAAAAAGACAGAAAAAAACAACAAAUAUCCUGUCCAUUCUAAUCGUACUUACACUUGUAAAAAAUGAACAAACUACGAAUAUUUGCUUUUUUUUAAAAUCACAAGCAAUGUAUAUAUGAUAGAUUUCAUAUAAAUUUUUGGAAAAACAAAAAGUAUAUAGAUCUAUAUAUGAAUGUUUGGCAUAUAUGCAUAGUUAACCACCUGUGAAAAAGGUGAGCAGAUUUUAUUCUUUCUAUGAACUCUUGAACUUUUGAACUCUGAACUAUGAACUAGGGGAUGAUUUGCACAAAACAAGGUGACAAGGUGCUAACAUAAAAGCCACCCAACGUCCAAGCGCAUGUGUGCAUCUGGAUUCCCUGAAUCUGUCUGUGUGGUCGUUCCUUUUCACCGUGUGUGUGUGACUGUGUGUGUAUGUGUGCAAAUGUUUGUUUGCAUUGUUUGUGUGUAUUUGUUUGAGAGAGAGAGAGAGAGAGACCAAGAGAAUACACGUGACAGUGAGCGAGUGUAUGGUUGAUUGUUAGGGUUUACAUCUUUGGAGUUAGUCCACUAUAGCCUUACUGUAUUACCAUCAGAGAUUCCCGGCAGUGGCUGUGUCUCACACACACGCGCACACACAAAAUACAUAUACACACAAACAGAAAAAUGCACACAUACAUUCAUCUUCUAUUCCAGAUCAUUGUUCUGCAUUCUUGUUUGGUACAAAGUGGCGUCUUCAGAAAGUGGACUGUUCUGCCCAAGAGGGAGAGACAGACGAGAGAGAUUACCACAAGGACCAUUGUCACGUUUUAUAAAGCAAGACAGCUGUAUCUCACCUUGUAACUGUGUAGGUGCAGCUUAUGCAGUGUCACUGUUUUGUAAACCCAUUCCCAGAUGCUAUUUGCGCUUCUUACGCUCCACUCUGUCUGGCAGCACUCCUUUUUCCUUUUUCAGACCUUCAGUUUUUGAGUUUUGGAUAUGCUAUAUGAGGUGAUCCAGUGAGGAACAACAACACAAAGGAAAAAUGUGCCAAAAAAUAACUUAACUUUUAACUGUAUAUUUGUCUUUGCUUUAGGACUAUCUUAGUUACAGCAUUCUUGAGCUGUUAGACUCAAUAAUAUGGUGCCAUCUCCUGGAAAUCUUGAGAACUACAGAUGUUUGUUAGACCCUUCUGUAUUUCCUACAGAUGGAAAUGCAGUCAUUAUUAUUUUGUAAAGAUGCAGGCUAUUGAUACAUACAUAUGUGUGUGUAUGUGUAUGUGUACACCACACACGCACACGCACACACAUAUAUAUAUUUAUAUAGCCUGUGUAUAUCUACCUGUGAGCUUUGCAUUAACAUUUCUAUUUAAAGUUUGAGACAAAGUAUCACAAUUGCUUGAUUUUACUGUGAUGAAGGUUAUUAUCCAGCUUGGCCUACUGUUCUCACUUGAGAGGUGAACAUGUAUAGUCUCACACAGGCUGGCCUGGUUAGAAGAAACAAUGCUGUAGUGAAUAUCUGGUCCAGAUGGUUGUGUAAGUUUACCACAAACAGAUGCAAAAUGAUGCUACAGAGCAACGUGUAACACACUUACACAUCAUUAGGUCAAAUAAGUUCAGUGAAGGUUUAUCUUUGUCUUAUUUUCUAAUCAAUAAAGCACAAUCUACAUAGAGUAGAGGGAGCAGUGUAACCUUUUUAAAAGCCCACUGGGUUCUGGUCACCCACUGGGACCAGUGAUCUUAUCAUCAAAGGGUUUUUUCUUUCAUUGUUGGUUUUCUCCUUGUUUGCACUGUGAAGUUUAGAAUGGUGGAUGUAUCACUGCAACGCCUCAGCCUUGUCUCACAGGUGAACUUCCCCUUCUCAACAUCCAGUGAGCAGGUAAAUCAUCUACAACUUAUCUCCCAGCGACUUCUGGACGUUUUAUAGUAUUAGAGACAUUACAAAUCCCCCCUUCAUUUUAAUACAUGAAAGCCCAAGUAGAAAUAAAAAGUUAACCAGAAGCUACCUAGUAUUCAUAAUGCAAACAGAGUAAGGGUGACAGGGAAGAUUGAGGCAAGAUCUGAGAUGUUGCCUAGGAUAUCUCCACCACAGAGAUAUAUGUUUGUUAUAUUAUGUAAUAAAUUUAUAAUUAAAACAUGAA